AUACACAGAGGGAGCAAUCAGGAAAUGAGAGACAGGAGGGAAACACAGCUGGGACAAAUCAGGGCUGAUGAGACAAAGGAAGUAAAACCAGACGCAUUAACAUAAGACACGGAUUUUCAAAGUAAAACAGGAAACACAGACUGAACUCACAGACACAGACUCACAAGCAGGCACUGCAACAGAGGGAACAGAGACGUGGGACCAGGGCAGACACAGACUCUGACUGGACACAGAAUAGAGGGAGUAAGGAAACCAAAACUUGAAAACUAAAUAAUCACACACCAAGAAGAACUUGGGGGAAAAAAAUAGAAAUGCAAAACAGAAACCAAAACCUUCACAAAAAUAAACUAAGAUGAGAAAACAAAUAAAAGGUACAAAACUGAAGCCACUGGGUCAACGACCCAGGUACCCUAACAGCUGCCCCCGUGACCCGGCCCUGGAUAAGUGGAUAAAAAUGGACGGAUGGAUGGAUGAAUCAACUUUCCAUUACUGGAUGCCAAUUAGGGCCUUGUUUCUUGGAAACAGCUGUGAACAAGUUAUAACAGAAAACAAGGUUGCAAUUCAGUUUAAAUCACUUAUUCACACUUCUGCUGAAUUGGUGUGUGAAUCUGUGUCUGAGAAAAGUGGGGGAGGGAAAUGUGGGUGUGGUUGUGUGAGAAAAAAACCUCAACUAUAUUUGGAAAGGAAGAUAAAGCCAGACACAUGAUAUGAAAAAAAGAGGAAAUGGAGGGUGUGUGAAUGUGUCUUUGAGUGUGUGUUCACAUGUGUGAGAGCCAUGACACAAACUACGUAACAGCCAAACUUAAAGUAACUGCAAGACAGACAAACAAACACAUCCUCACUUCUGCCUCUCACCACCAAGACUGAAGCUACUCACCUCAGCCCUGUGAGAUCAGCUCAAUAUUUCAGACUAAGGGGUAGCAACAGUUGCUUCUCUGAGAUCAUUGCCGAGUCUUUCCUGCUACGACGAAAAGAAAGCAGCCAAUGUGAAGCAGAGCAAACGCCUUAGUUGGCCGAAGAAAAAUCAUCUACAGAGUCACCACACCAGGCAACUAUGGUGGACAUCAGUGACAUAGUGGAUAAUGUUGCCAUCAUUUUAUAUGCACUGACCGUUGUGCUCGGCAUCACGGGGAACUCUAUAGUGAUCUGGGUGGCUGGAUUCAAACUUAAGCCAAAGGUCACCAACGUGUGGCUGGUGAAUCUGGCGAUAGCAGACCUGAUCUUCUGCUUCACACGGGUUCUCUCCCUCACUCAGAACCUCUUCUUUGACCACUGGCCUUUUGGCCUCUUUCCCUGCAAGUUCAAUGGCUUCUUCAAAUACACCAACAUGUUCUGCUCUGUCUUCCUGCUGGCUGUGAUCAGUCUGGAUCGAGUGCUCUGCAUCUGGCGGCCGGUCUUCACAAGGCGCCGACGCACGCUGUGGGUAGCGAGGAUGGUGGCAGUCUGCGUCUGGAUCACAGCGAUCCUCUUCAGCAUUCCCUACUUCAUCCAUCGCCAAAUGUACGUGGACACCAACAACCUUACUAAAUGUUCUGUGGACCCAAAAGAGAAGGCAGAAGGGUACAACAGCACCAAAGUUGCUCUGUACUCCAUCCGCUUCCUGUGCGGCUUCAUAUUUCCCUUCGUGGUCAUUCUGGUCUGUUAUACCCUGGCUGGGGUGGGAAUCCGACGCACACGCCUGUUAGGCAAGUCCCGCCCUCUGCGUAUACUAGCAUGUUUGGUCAUUGCCUUCUUCCUGUGUUGGGCACCUUACCACUGCCUCCUAAUGGUGAAGAUGGUGGACAAUAAUAAUGCAGUGGUGAAAAUCUGGUACCCUGUAGCAAAGGGUGUUGCCUACUUUAACAGCUGUGUGAACCCGCUGUUGUACUUCUGCAUGGGGCUAAAAGCUAGUGAUGGCUUUAGGCAGAGUGUAAUGAGAGUUUAUAAAAGAGCUCUGAUAGAUGAUAUGGACGGUCAGAUGACUCAGUCCACUGAUCGCUCUUUGGAUUAAAGCUCUGGGUUGAAACACAGAAUUGUUGUGAUGGCAGGAAUAAGUGGGUGUAGCUAAAGUUAAAGUUUCCCCCAAUGAUCCUAAAGCUCAGAAAAAUUCAUAUCUUUGUUUUAAACCAUUAGCUUAACAGUGAAAUGGCAGUCGCAUUUUAAAAUAGUUAAAGUAGUUGUUAAUAUGAUUUGUUAUCUGUGGAUUUUCAUCGCAGGUUAUGUGCCACAAGAAGUAGUAGGUAUGACUGUGAAAAGGCUUUUUCUUUCAUUCUGUGCUCAGUGAAGAAAACAUACAUUUGACACACUUUAGUGAAACACAGUGUUUUUGUGUCCACAAGUGACCUUUCUUUUUGAGGUGUCUGCAGCACCAGGGGGACUUGCCAUGUUCAUUUUUUCUGAGUUUUUGUUUUGUUUUUUGACUCUUUCAAAGCCAUUUAGCACAGGAUACUUUCACUGAACAGUGUGCUAAUUGCUUAAGACUUGUCAAUGUUAAGCUAAGGCUAUGUACACAGGUGUUUUUGAAAACGCAGCUGUUUCUCUGCGUUUAGGCCUUUCGUCCACACGUAAACAGCUGUCCACACGUAAA